AUGCUUUCCAGUCUUACUGCACACCUCUGCGUUCUCCUACUAGUGCUCGUCGCCGUUGUCAGCAACGCGGUACAGGCUUCCACAGCGCCGCUUUCAGCUACCUUGACCCCCGAAAUCCUGAACUUCACUCAGAAGCUCGAUCAUUCUGCAAAGGACUCCCAAGAGACCUUCCAACAAUCGUAUCAGAUUGUCACCGACUACUUCAGGGAAGGCGGACCAAUACUUUUCGUUCAGAGCGCUGAAAGUCCACUGGUGUUGCUACAAUACAACGUCUUCAUUGACUGGGCAGAGGAGCUUGGGGCAAUCGUAGCUACGCUCGAGCACCGCUUCUUUGGGACCAGCUAUCCGGAAGACUUUCAUUUCGCUAACCCUGGGCCUGAUGACUAUGCGCAACUGACACUAGAUAAUGCCAUAAAGGAUGGUGUUCACUUUGUGAAUUGGAUCAGGGAGACAGUUCCAGGCGCGCAGGACAGCAAGGUGAUCUACAAUGGCGGCUCAUAUGGAGGCUUUCUUGCCGCCGAAGCCAUCAUACGUGAGCCUGAUGCCUUUUAUGGUUCCAUUGCAUCUUCCCCACUACUCUACUCGUUCGGUGGCCAAACGCUGGAAGGCAAUCCGCACCACUACGCGGGCUUAGAUAUGGUUUCCAAUAUCUGGUUUGACGAAUCAGCCGAGGCAGCUUACAAGAUUCAAGAAGCCACCUCGUUGUUCUCCAGAUGUGUGGCUGAACAAAACUGUUCAGAUGCGCUGCCAGAUCUUCCUCUAUGCUCUGAAGCCAACGCCACGCAAUGGACUCAACUCUAUGGCAAAGUCACCAGCUCCUACUACAGCAUCUCUCAAUUCAACUAUGCCUUCGUCAAUGUCUGGCCCUGGGCAUAUCCACUCCAGACCGCUAUCAACCUCACACUGGCCGCAAGCUCUCCUGGCGAAGUCCUAGCAGUCCCACUUCGAGGCGUCAGCUGGGCUCAAGACGGCUGUAUCGACCCCAACAACCGCAACCUGACUGGCCAGCCCACCUUCUUCGGCGACUCUUUCCAGUGGAUUCGGUGCACGUACUUUCCAGGCAGCUUCGGCGACAGCCGGCCUGGUAGCCUCUUGCCAUCCAGCAACACCACUGUUGGGGGUGACUGCUGGUCGCCCUACGCCGUUCCCUGGCAGGCGCCGGACUUCAAUGAAACAAACGAGUACUUUGUCGAGAAACUCAACUUGACAUUGGAGACACUGGAUCAGACUGAGCGGCUACUUAUCGUACAGGUUGAUUACUAUGCACGAUCUAGCCCAUACAGAGGAUUCGAUGUCAUAUGCGACUAUACCUAG